AUGUUUGGGAUUCAAGAUACUUUAGGAAGAGGACCAAUUCUGAAAGAUAAAUCUCUAGGUUCUGAAAUGGAUUCCGUCAGGUCCUGGGUCAGAAACGUUGGGGUUGUGGAUGCAAACGUAGCAGCACAAAGCGGAGUAGCUUUGUCCAGAGCUCACUUUGAAAAGCAGCCACCCUCCAACUUGAGGAAAUCCAAUUUCUUUCACUUUGUUCUGGCUCUCUACGACAGACAGGGGCAGCCCGUGGAAAUAGAGAGGACAGCUUUUGUGGACUUUGUAGAAAAUGAUAAAGAGCAAGGCAAUGAAAAGACAAACAACGGCACACAUUACAAACUCCAGCUCCUCUAUAGCAAUGGUGUCAGGACUGAACAGGAUCUGUAUGUUAGACUCAUCGACUCAGUCACUAAGCAGCCCAUAACUUACGAAGGACAGAACAAGAACCCUGAAAUGUGCAGAGUGUUGCUUACCCACGAAGUCAUGUGCAGUCGGUGCUGUGAGAAGAAAAGUUGUGGCAACAGAAAUGAGACUCCCUCUGACCCCGUGAUCAUCGACAGGUUCUUCCUCAAAUUUUUUCUCAAGUGCAAUCAGAAUUGCUUGAAAACAGCAGGAAACCCAAGAGACAUGAGACGGUUCCAGGUUGUGCUAUCAACAACAGUGAAUGUCGAUGGGCAUGUGCUGGCAGUGUCCGACAACAUGUUUGUUCACAACAACUCCAAGCAUGGCCGGAGAGCAAGGAGACUUGACCCCUCAGAAGCCACACCGUGCAUCAAAGCAAUCAGCCCCAGCGAAGGCUGGACUACUGGUGGAGCAAUGGUCAUCAUCAUCGGAGACAACUUCUUUGAUGGGCUGCAGGUUGUGUUUGGGACCAUGCUUGUAUGGAGUGAGCUGAUCACGCCUCAUGCCAUCCGAGUUCAGACACCUCCACGUCACAUCCCCGGAGUGGUUGAAGUGACAUUAUCAUACAAAUCCAAACAGUUCUGCAAGGGUGCACCAGGCAGGUUUAUUUACACAGCUUUAAAUGAACCUACCAUAGAUUAUGGUUUCCAAAGACUGCAGAAGGUCAUCCCAAGACAUCCUGGGGACCCCGAAAGACUAGCUAAGGAAAUGCUGUUGAAACGAGCUGCUGAUCUAGUUGAAGCACUGUAUGGAACGCCACACAACAACCAGGACAUCAUCCUGAAACGAGCUGCAGACAUUGCAGAGGCUCUCUACAGCGUGCCACGGAAUCCUGCCCAGAUCCCUGCACUGUCCAGCUCCCCUGCUCACAGCAGUAUGAUGGGAAUUAACUCCUAUGGCAGCCAGUUAGGAGUCAGCAUUUCAGAAUCACACAAUGGGAACAACCAAGGUUACAUUCGCAACACAAGCAGCAUCUCACCCCGAGGUUACUCCUCCAGUUCCACGCCUCAACAGUCCAAUUACAGCACUUCCAGCAACAGCAUGAACGGCUACAGCAACGUCCCCAUGUCCAACCUGGGUGUCCCCGGCUCACCCGGCUUCAUCAACGGCUCUCCCACAGGAUCCCCCUAUGGCUUAAUGUCUUCAAGUCCAACAGUUGGCUCCUCCAGCACUUCUUCCAUCCUUCCAUUCUCCUCGUCCGUCUUCCCUGCUGUCAAACAGAAGAGUGCCUUUGCUCCUGUCAUCAGACCCCAAGGGUCUCCUUCUCCUGCCUGCUCUAGUGGCAAUGGAAAUGGGUUUAGAGCCAUGACUGGCCUUGUCGUUCCCCCGAUGUAA